AUGUCGUCGGGCGAGCAGCCUGACAGCGGCCGUGUAAGCGACACCACGACACCGGCCCGCAAGGAAAAGAAGAGAGUCGGAUGGCGUAACCCCGACCUGAACCCCGACCUCAACCCCGACCUAGGUGUCAACAAGACAGCCGUUGAAGACUUCUCCACGCUCUCGCCUGGAGGCUCGCCCAAGUUCCAGCCAGCUGCCUACCCCCACGGUGCCCCAGACGCCCAAGAGCUCUCCGAGGCCCUUACCCGCAUCCUCUCCCAGGAGCCUUCUCCAAACAAGACAACAGGAAAGGAUGCCGCUCUCAAGUCACCACAAGACUCUCCCCCGACGGGAGGAGGCAUCAUGAGUCCCUUGCCCAGCCGCCCGAGACCCGCCCUCAGGCGCAACACUAGUUAUGAUGCGCCUCAUGAGCGUGAGGAGGCCGACAAGGCAGAGUCAGAGGCCAACGAGAGAGUGCUUCGGUCCAUUACCGAUGCACGACUCCGUGCUGAUCAGCUGGCCAAGUCAAUCUCAUUGGGGAGACACUCGGCCCCGGGUUCUAGGAGAAACUCGGAUGACAUUGGCGCCUCAUUCCAGCAUCUGGUAGGCGUCUCAGACGGCAGUUCGCGCGGACGAUCGGCUUUCCGUCCCGCAGUAGUAGUGGACGACUAUGAUGCGGGCGAGUCCCUGCCCUUUGAGAGGCACGGCGCAAGGGCAACGGGUCUCACCACCGGCCUAGAUGGCGCCAUGGACAGCGAACAUGGAGGAGGCAACGCGGUCCGGCAUCGGGGACCAGCAGCUGCCGAUGGGCCACAGCGUCUGGACACGGAGGACUCAUAUGACAACCACGACGUGGCGGCCAAUAUCGUUCGAUCACAUACACGCAAGCGUGAUCUUUUUCACUCGGAUAUGCUUCGCGGCCGCCAGUCAGGCACAUCAACUCCCAUCAUUGACGACCCUGAUCUCGACUAUGUCCCACGACCCAAGAAAUACCAUGGAGGCGUCCUCUCGUCACUCCUUAAGCUCUACAACGAUGAGCAACGCCACAACGCUGGCGGUGCCGGAUCAGGAGCUGGGGGAGGAGGAGGAGGAGGAAGCGCGGGCAGUUCUGGCCGCACGACUCCAGCUUAUGCAACACCGUCUAUUUCCGCCCAGUCCUCGCCAUCCGCAUCACGAUCUACUUCACGAACUCGGCCUGCCCGAUCCGGCCGUCCUAGCAGCGGUUUGUUCAGCCUCCACCGUGCCCAUGGCUCUACGUCGUCACUCGCUCUUACUGAACUCAUGAAGUCCUCGUCCAUGUUUGCCGCGCCCGGCUCGAGCGUUUCCUCGGAUCGUAUGGCAGAGAAGGUCAAGGAGUCUGCAACCCCCAAGAAGCCCAAGAAGGACAAGUACCGCAUCACUGUACACAUUGCGGGCAUCCUCGCCAGGCACCGGUUCCUCAUCAAGCUAUGCAGGGCCCUCAUGCUGUACGGUGCACCAACGCAUCGCUUGGAAGAGUAUCUGAGCAUGUCGGCGCGUGCGCUCGAGAUCGAGGCCCAGUUCAUGUAUAUGCCUAGCUGCAUGCUUAUCAGCUUUGACGACAGCACAACUCACACUACGGAGGUGAAGAUUGUUCGGGUUAUGCAAGGUAUCGACUUGGGGAAGCUGCGCGAUGUCCACAACAUCUACAAGGAGGUCGUCCACGACAAGCUUGGGGUGGAAGAAGCGACGCAGCGACUCGACGAUGUCAUGAACAGAAAGGUCAAGUACCACGUCGCGUGGCGCGUUAUGCUCUACGGCGUGGCCUCGUCGUGUGUGGCGCCGUUUGCUUUCCAGGGCCGCUUCAUCGACAUGCCGUGUGCGUUCCUACUGGGCUCUUUGGUCGGAUUCCUGCAGCUGGUGCUCGCGCCUCAGAACGAGCUCUACGCCAACGUCUUCGAGGUCUCUGCCGCUGUCCUGACAUCCUUUCUGGCACGCGCAUUCGGUUCGAUCAACGGCGGCGAUACCUUCUGCUUUGGCGCCCUGGCGCAGAGCAGCAUCGCCCUGAUCCUCCCUGGCUACAUGGUUCUAUGCAGCUCGCUCGAGUUGCAAAGCCACAACAUUGUCGCCGGCAGUGUUCGCAUGGUACACGCCCUGAUCUACACUCUCUUCCUGGGCUAUGGUAUUACCAUUGGCGCCUCGCUGUACGGCAUGAUUGAUCCCAACGCGUCGAGCGAGAAGGAUUGUCGGGAGCCGCUGAACCGCAACUGGCACUUUUUGUUUGUCCCCGGUUUCACCCUGUGCUUGUGCCUGGUCAACCAGGCCAAGUGGAGGCAGACGCCCGUCAUGCUGCUCAUGUCGCUCGCCGGCUGGGCGGUCAACAGUUACUGCAGUCAGGUGUUCAAGGGGAACACGGAGAUCUCGAACAUGCUUGGCGCCUUGACCGUUGGCAUCCUUGCAAACCUGUACUCAAGAGUGGGCCGCCACAUCCAGAACGCGUGGUAUGACAGUGUCGACUUCUGCAGCAGCACCAUUAUGCCUCGUCUGGCGCGCCUCACUGGUCGCAAGAAGGCUGCAAGCAUGAGCUGGGACAGACGAUCCGACCCGGAGUCGCGUCCUGGGUCCCCCAUGGAAGAGAAGAAGCCCGAACGCAAGAAGCGUUCCGUUGGAUACAGCCUCGCGGCGGCAGCCAUGUUACCAGCCAUCUUUGUGCAGGUGCCCAGCGGUCUGGCGGUGGGAGGGUCACUGCUGGCGGGUGUGCAAUCAGCCGACUCUUUGACGUCCAAGGGCGGACAACACAGUGUCGGGCUCGAGGGCACGGCGUUCAACGUUUUGUUAAAGGUGAUUCAGGUGGCGAUUGGCAUCAGCGUGGGCCUGUUCAUGAGCGCGCUGAUUGUGUAUCCAUUGGGCAAGAGGAGGAGUGGAUUGUUUAGCUUCUGA